ACGAAAGAGUCAGUAGUCAGAUGCUCCUUGUCUCCUGAACUUAGAUAAAAUAUCCUGAGAACUUAUAUUUUUUUAAGUGGCAAUAGAAGUUUAACUUGAACAGUUUACUCCGAGGCUCUAGCGGAGAACGGGUGAAACGAUGACGGGUAAAACGCUGCUUUUAUCGGUGCUGCUGGUCGGUGCCGUCACGGUGAUUCACUCCUUCAAAAUGGAGACAUCUGCCGAUGCUAUGAUGUACCUUGCCUACUACGGCUAUUUGAAACCUCUGACUUCCGAUGACGGAACUUUCAUGACCGAAGCUGAGAUGAAGGAGGGCAUCUCUAAAUUCCAGUACAUGGCCAACGUAACAAUCACAGGUGAAAUCGACAAUGCAACACUCACGAUGAUGAACAUGCCCCGCUGUGGCUGUCCGGACGUGAUUGGCCACAGCCUGGACGCCAAACGGAGGAAACGCUACUCCCUCGGAAGUCGAUGGUCCAAGACAGACUUGACCUUUCGUAUCGACUCCGUGACCUCGGACAUAUCGAGCCGAGAGGACAUAGACAGCACCCUGACCGAAGCUCUACAGGUUUGGUCUGAUGUUACGCCGCUGACCUUCACACGCGUUUACGCCCCAACCGAAGCCGACAUCGUCAUUAACUUCUUCAGCAGAGAUCACAGCGAUGGUGCACCGUUCGACGGGCCGGGAGGGGUUCUAGCUCACGCUUUUUUCCCCGAGAACGGGAGGGCUCAUUUUGACGAGGAUGAAAACUGGACCAUCGAGACUUACUCGGGAAUCAAUCUCUUCCAGGUGGCUGCGCACGAGUUCGGCCAUAACUUGGGCUUGGGUCACUCCAACAUCGACGAUGCACUCAUGGCGCCAUUCUAUCGGGGAUAUGUGCCCAACUUUCAGCUGCAUGAAGAUGACAUCGCCGGAAUCCAGGCCCACUACGGAGAAGAUUCGGGGAGUCCGUUUGUGACCAUGAAGCCCGAACCAACCAUCUGCACCGGGAAUGUUGAUGCCGUCACCACGACUCGCGACAGAAGCACGUACAUCUUUGAAGGAACUCAAGUUUGGAAAUUUGAAAGUCAGACAAGCCGGAUAUCAGAUGGAUUCCCUAAGCCAAUCGGCGAUGUAUUUUCUGGUCUUCCCGACAACGUGGAUGCUGCACUGUACUACAGUCGCUCCGGCAAGACCUACAUUUUUAAGGGAAGUCAGUACUGGCGAGUUGACAACGAAGUGGUGGACGCCGGGUACCCGCUAGACAUUGGUUCCAACUGGUACGGCCUGCCUGACGAUCUGGAUGCGGCUUUUACUUGGAGUGGAAACGGUCGUAUUUACUUCGUCAAAGGUGAUCAGUAUUACCGCUUCAAUGGCCGCGUGGAUUAUGGCUAUCCUCGUCCACUGAGUGUCUGGAACAUCCCUGGUAACCAAGUCGGGGCGGCCGUUCAGUGGCUCAACAGUCGCACCUAUUUCUUCGCCCCUUCUUCAGACGGCUACUUCCGAUUCAACGAUAGAAACUUCCGCGUGGACGCUGGAUACCCGCAAAGCACAGCCACAACGUGGCAGGGAUGCAACACCAAUCUCGUGGAAGAGCCUGGUACCAGCAGCGACGACGAUGGCAAUGGUGUGAGCGGUCUAGCACCUGGAUUCCUCGCCUUAGUGGCGGCCAUGUUGUUAGGAAUUAUUGCCGUUUAAUUUCUUGACACUGAGACUUUUCCUAUAAAAAUCCAAAUGCUGUCUGAGAUAUAGUUCCAUAAAUUAAAAACCAAUAUGUCUUUUUUAAAUUAACAUUUUAUUUUCGAUUGUAUUUAUUUUAACCACUAAUGAACAUGUGCUGCAACGCGUUUGUAAACUUUGGUUAGAACUCAGUUUAAUAGAGUGAACUAAUUCGCAUAGGAUUACGAAUGUUUUUGCUGCAUUUACUGCUUCAACCUUUUGAUGACGUGACUUUUUUUACCUGUUUUCAUUUUCUUUAUUUUAUGAACAAAUAAGAUGUACAUGUAUAUGUGUUUUUCAUAAAAAAAGGUUGUAACUCAAUUAGAUUUUGUGCUUUUCGCUCAAUAAAAAAAUUAUAAUUUGGGUACAAUUCCAAAUGUGGUCUGAGAUAUAGUUCCAUAAAUUAAAAACCAAAAUGUCUUUUUUAAAUUAACAUUUUAUUUUUCGAUUGUAUUUAUUUUAACCACUAAUAAACAUGUGCUGCAACGCGUUUGUGAACUUUGGUUAGAUCUUAGUUUAAUAGAGUGAACUAAUUCGCAUAGGAUCACGAAAGUUUCUGCUGCAUUUACUGCUUCAAUUAACCUUUUGAUGAAGUGAUUGUUAACCUGUUUUGUAUUUCUAUAUUUUAUGAACAAAUAAGAUGUACAUGUACUUGUUUUUGUGUUUUUCAUGAAAACGUUUGUAACUUAGAUUUUGUGCUUUUUGCUAAAUACAUGUACAAUUUUUGUUAGUUUGGGUACAAAUCCAAAUGUGUUCUGAGAUAUAUAGUUCCGUAAAUCAACAACCAAAAUGUCUUUUUUAAAUUAACAUUAUAUUUUCGAUUGUAAUUUGAACCACUGAUCAGCAUGUGCUGCAACGCGUUUGUAAAUUUUGGUUAGAACUCAGUUUAAUAGAGUGAACUAAUUCGCAUAGGAUCACGAAUAUUUUUGCUGCAUUUACUGCUUCAACCUUUUGAUGAAGUGACUUUAACUGUUUCGUAAUUCUUUUAAUAUUUUAUGAACAAAUAGGAUGUACAUGUAUUUGUGUUUUUCAUGAAAACGUUUGUAACUUAGAUUUUUAUGCUUUUUGCUAAAUAAAAAAAAUUAUACUUUGUGUACAAUAAAUAUUAUCUUGAGAUUCUUGUAUUUUGUGAACACGAACAUGACUUGUGUGCAGCCUACAUUAUUAGCUACCAAGAUCAUUAUAUUAAGCUGCGAUCAUUAAAUCUACUUUAUUUCCAAGUAAGGUACAUCAACAAAAUGGGCCGUAUUUUUUGAUAAUCUAGUUCCGAGACCAAACGAUUCUGACUAUCAUUUCUGACGCAAUAGGUCAGGCAGUCGCCAUAGCUAUAAUAAAACAAGAUGCCCCCCUUAACAAAGAU